UGCGUCAGCGAUGGAGAAUCCUGAGAAGCGAGUGGAAGUGGUGCUGCUGUCCUGUGGGUCCUUUAAUCCCAUCACCAACAUGCACCUCAGGAUGUUUGAGUUGGCGCGAGAUUAUCUGCAAGGAACAGGGAAAUACACAGUGAUAAAGGGUAUUAUCUCACCAGUGGGCGACGCCUAUAAAAAGAAAGGUCUAAUCGAGUCACAUCAUCGCCUGACAAUGGCGACCCUGGCCACUGACAGCAGUGACUGGGUGACCGUGGAUCCCUGGGAGAUGAAUCAGAAGGAAUGGGUCGAGACCGUGAAGGUUCUCAGACACCAUCACGAGAACCUCCGAAACCUCAGCAACGCCGAGAAGAGCUCUGCUCGAUGCAAGAGAGGCAAGAAAAGGAAGAAAGAAGAAAAAGAAUGUUCAUUGGAAACAAAAGGCACUUGUUCUUCCUCAGACUGCCCCGAGGUGAUGCUGCUGUGUGGGGCGGACGUGCUGGCCACAUUCGCGGUCCCCAACCUCUGGACGACAGAGGACCUGGAGGAGAUCGUGGGCAAGUUCAGCCUCGUGUGCAUCAGCCGGACGGGCAACAAGCCCGAGGAUUUCGUGUACGGGUCCGACCUGCUGUGGCGUCACCGGCAGAACAUUCACCUGGUGACCGAGUGGAUCGGCAACGACAUCUCAGCCACCAAGGUCCGUCGCGCCCUGCGCAGGGGAGAGAGCGUCAGGUACCUGCUGCCCGACCCCGUGGUCCAGUACCUACAGAAGCAUCACUUGUAUGAUCAGGAGAGCGAGGACAAGAACGACGGCGUGGUUUUAGAGCCACUUCGACGCAACGCCAAGGAAACCAAACACGGCAGCAGUUAUCUUGUUAUUUCACUUGAUAACAGGGCUCCAAUACACUCGCUCACGAUGUCUACCGAUUUCAACGGUACCUGGAACAUGGUCAGCAACGAUAACUUUGAAGCUUACAUGGCAGCGCUGGAUAUUGAUUUCCCCACACGCAAGAUUGCCAACCUGCUGAAACCUCAGAAAGUUAUUGAACAGAAAGGGGAUUCGUUCAUCGUCAAAACCCUCAGCACGUUCAGAAACUACAGGGUCCAAUUCACAGUAGGAGAAGAGUUUGAAGAAGAUACAAAGGGAUUAGAUAACAGGAAAUGCAAGAGUCUGGUGACCUGGGUUUCCAACAAACUGGUGUGUGUCCAGAAGGGAGAAAAGGAGAAUCGGGGCUGGACUCACUGGGUUGAGGAUGGCGAUCUUCACUUGGAACUGCACUGUUCAGAUCAAGUAUGCAAACAAGUCUACAGAAAGGUUCCUGGAGCAUGAGAGACGAAAAGUGCUGAGUGCGAUUCCGCUGUUGAUUGUGAAGCUGUCUUAUGCAUCGAUGAAUUGAUUCAUGUAAAGUUCUUGUGACCGACCGGUAAGAGAACCCAUAGCUUGGGUUAAGAAGCACAUUCAGCAAACUUACUGGUGAGAAAUGACUUGCCUCUACUGUAUACUUAACUGCCGAAGAAUUGAAGAAUCUGGGUGUUGAAUCUGAAGUGUAAACAUGUCACAGAGCGAAUACUUCGUUUUAUUUUCUCUCCGAAAUGUGACUUUGCACAGGUCUCUGGAGUGUGGUUAUAGCCGAGGUGGGAAAGAGCCCGUAGCAAAAUUCUGGUCUGCAAAGUCCUAUUGUUCAAAGGCAGACAAUUGUACAAAAUGAACUUGACAGCCAUAAAGAACUGACUCAAUCAAA